CCAAAGUGCAUCUUCUGUCUUCGAUGAGCAGUCAUAUAUCGGAACAAUACUGCUACCAGACUAUGAACCACACCAUUGACCAGACCAUGGCACUGGACCUAACAUGUCGCCAGGCCAUACACCUGGACCACACCAUGGAUAGAAUCCUGGACCAAAUGGUUGUCCAGACUGUAGACCAAAACUUGGACCAGACCAUGGACCUGGACCAAACAAUGGGCCAGACCAUGGACCAAACUGUGGACCAGACCAUACAUGUGCACAACACCAUAGAUACAAUUCUGGACCAGACCAUUUUCCAGACUGUAGAACAUCGUGCAGAUCUGGACCAGACCAUGGGUCAGACCGCAGACCAACACUUGGACCAGACCAUGGACCAAACUGCGGAACAGAUUAUAAACCUGGACCAGGCCAUGGACCAGACUGUAGAACAUCCUGCAGUCCUGGACCAGACCAUGGGUCAGACUGCAGACCAAACCUUGGAUCAGACCAUGAACGUGGACCAAACCAUGGAUCAGAUCUUCGACCAGAGUGUGGACUGCACCGUGGACCCCAACCAGACCAUUGUCCAGACUGUGGCACAGAUUAUAAACAUGGACCAGACCAAGAAUCAAAUCCUGGAUCAGACCAUUGACCCGACUGUAGAACAUCCUGCAGACCUGGACCAGACCAUGGGUCAGACCGCAGACAAAGCCAUGGACCAGACCAUUGACCUGGACCAAACCAUGAGCCAGACCACGAACCAAAGCAUCGACCUGCAUCAGACCCUGGUUCAGACAGAGCUUAACUCUCCGUGUCAGGUGAAAAAGAGUGGGAACAAGAGACGUAGAAGUGAUAAACCUCGUUUCAUUUUAAAAGUCAAAUUCCCAAUAUUCGAAGUUUUGGCUAAGAAGAGAGCCAUGAAGAGGGCCAUCGCACUGGGAACUGUACCGUCUCCGCCUGUCGAGAAUAGAAGCGAAUCACCUGAGAUCCCAGGUGUUGAAACAGAUGUUGACUCUGAUAGUGGAGAUAUUUCCUAUUACUCCCAGAGAUCCACUAAAAAAAGAACAUCAACGAAGGAGAAGGCGAAGGUGAAGCUGGCAGUUCUUAGGACCAUGUCUAGGAUGCUGGAGGAGAACAAGAUUAUCAGGCAGAAACUUGGCGCCCUCACCCAAGCGCACUGAUGCUGCAGAAAUAGCUCACUUUCGCUGACUCUAUUUUAAGACAUCAUUUGUGUUUAUUUAUAAGUGUUUUAUUAUUAUUUAAAAUCUUAUUUUAAUUGAAUAUUAGUAUUCCAUCAUAAUUUGCAUUGGUAGAUAGUUCUAGAUGCAUGUAGUUCCUAUAGCAUGUAGUGUUGAAAAUAAGUGUUUAAAUAUAUACAUAUAUUAGUCUAUGUUAGUAGUACUACUUGUACUGUGAGACCAUAAAGCAAUAAGAAGAGGAGUAUUUAACACAAACCUCAAUGAAAAAUGUUAUUUAAUUAAAAGAGUUUAUAUUUUGAA